CACCCAUUCGUUAGCUCUGCAUAACCAUCAAAAAUUACGAAAUUGCCAUCCAACGGAUUUCUUACCAUUUUCUAUUCAUGCCCAGUGCUCUCUGUAGGGGUGCCUAACAGUUGCAGGUCACAUCUCCAAUCCAUUGGGGCAUCUAUCUUUGUGUCCCUUUUACACUUUCUCACCCCAAAAUGAAUACCCCAUUUCCCUCUCUCCCCAGUUAUCCCGUCCUCCAAGGUAAACCACCCUCCCCAUUUUGAUUGUGCUCUCUCUAUCUGAUCAUCUUCUCUGUGUAGGCUUUCUACCUCUUUAUUAAUUCCCAGUAUUGGGUUUUCUUCAGGAGAGGAUUUUCGAGGCCUGUUUGUUCUGACCCUAUUUCUUUUAUUAAGAAUUUCUCUGGUUUAAUUGUAAUAACUUAUAUCAGACUGAGGUUUCGAGGUUUCUUUCUGUUUUCUCGGGUCUAAUUUGUUUUAAUUAUUUCCUGGUGAUGUUGUUUGGGUGGGUUGCAUCUAUUCCUUUUUAAUUUUACCCUCUCUUAUAAUCACCUCUUUUCCUUUUCCUUUUACUGGUGAUUUUAUCACCAUUUGCGUUUUGAUUAUCUGAGAUUUUUUUUUUCUUAUAUAAUGGAUCAUAGUAUUUGAUUUUAGGAUUUCGUUUUCCUUUAUAGGCCGUUUUCUCUUUUCAAACUUUUUACACAUGAGUCUUGUUUAGGACACAUGCAAUUUGGGUUUUGAUUAUAUGUAGUCAUUUGGUUGGAGUUUUUAAGUUCCCUUUUUCAUUUCGAAAUUUGGUUCUUCUGCUUUAGUGCAAAGAUUAAUUCGUAUUAAGAACUGUGGCUUUUCGAUAAUCAGUCAUCACUACCUUGAUUUUUGGCAGUCUUGAUGUUGCGUCCUAAAAAAACUAUUGUAAAAUUAGGAUUUUUCCUAUUCAUUUUCAGGAAAGUUUAGGCCCUAGAAAUUUCUUUCAAAAUUAGGUAUUAUCCCAUUUGUUUUCCGCAAAAUUUAGAGCCUGACAUUGCAUGUGUGAAUUCUCCUGGACAAAAACCAACUGAAACUAAUUGCAGGAAAAUAAAUGUUGAAACCUGAGCCUCUACACCACCCAUGAGAAAAUCCGGCUAAUUCUUUAAGCCUAGGAUAUCAGAUCAUUCGCUGAAAAUGGAAGAGGAAAUUGUUUUUAUGGAUGAAGAUUCAACUUACGAAUUGAAGAGUGGACCCAUGCAAGAUGCGUUCAUGCACCGAGAAGAUGUGGGUGGAGUCAAUUUGCUGUGUCAUGACUUGAAUGGUGAGAAUUCUGGGUUUGGUCAUGUUGGCAAAGGUGCGAUGAGGGUUUCAGAGAGAGGGGAAUGUAGCAGAGAUGUAAGCUCUUCUGAUAGAUUUAGUGAUGUUUGUGAAGAAAAUUCUGAGAUGGUUCCAAUUGAUGAGAAUUCUGAUACAUUUAGAGGGGUUUGUGGUGAGAAUUCUGAUAUGGGUGUCAGCAAUAAGAGUUCUGACAAAUUUAGAGGGGUUUGUAGGGAGAAAUCUGAGAUGGAUAGCAAGGCUAAGUGCUCCGACAAAUUUAGAGGGGUUUGUAGAGAGAAUUCUAAGAUAGGUAGCAAGGAAAGGCAAUCAGAUAAAUUUAGGAGAGUUUGUGGUGAAAAUUCAGAGAUGCAUGCUAAGAAUAAGAGCUCUGAUGACCUGAGGACAAGUAAAAAUGAAAGGAUAGAGCUUGGGAGGAAGUUUCAAACUGCAGUAAGCUCUCAUAAUUGGGAAUUUGCAGAGAGUUUGAUCCCUUUGGCUGAUACGCAAAGGCUGAAUGAUGCUUUGUGUAUUGCUUUGGAUUCAGUCUGGUUUUUGAGGACAGAGUCAGAGCUUCAUGGGAUUACUGGUUUGAUUAGAAAGCUUAUUUCAAGUGGAGCAAACGACUUCACCAGAGCAGCCUUGAGGACUUCAUUUCUCGCGUCAUGUGUCUCAGCUUGGAGGAGCCAAACAAUGAGCUUGGCGGACACAGUUAAUGUCAUGGCCCAAAGAUUGAGUGAGCGCCUUGAAGAGUGCAAUGGAGAUGAGGUUUUGAAGGCCGAAGCUACUGCCAAAGUUCAGAGAUUCACAGAAUGGGCUCUCAAAUGCAUUGGUUUCCAUUCACGUUGCCAAGGUAGUAAAAACUCUGUAUUGCAUAGCUCAGCCGUUGAAAUUCAACUCCAGCUUUCGGCAUUCAAGGCUUUUUUGGAUUUUGCUGGUGACCAGCUCACUGGAAAGGACUUCACAGAGGCCUUUGAUGCAGCUUGUUUCCCACUGACCCUUUUCUCGAGUGCCAUUGAUACUCGUUGGACCUCUGGCAUUGCCUCAAGUGCAAUGCAGGGUUUGCUUGGAAUGUUGGUUGAGGGGGGUGCUGAUAAUGUCAACCAAUGUUUUCUCGAGGCCUCACGUUUUGGGAGCACUGAGCUUGUUCGAAUUCUCUUACAGAUCGCACAGCGUAACAGUCUGGAUGUGGAUGUGGAGCUUGCGCUUGGCUUUGCAUCUCACUACCGCAAGAUAAGUACCAUGGAGUGCCUGGUCGACGAAGGUCAUGCAGGGGCCUUCUUAGGCCCCCUAAUGCGAGCCUCUGAGAGGGGUUGCAUGACAGUAGUGAAAUGGUUUGUAGAGAGAGGUUGUCGAGACAUGGAGCUAUGCCUCGCCCUAACCGCUGCCGCCUCAAGUAGCCGCCUUGAAGCUGCUGCCUAUCUCUUGCCACGAGUGCCUCCUCAUGUUGUCUUGGCCCUUAGCACCGAGAUUAUAAAAGCGGCGGGAGAGAGAAGUGGGGGCUCUUUUGAGGGGGUGGCGUUUCUCUUGAGAUCGGAUUUUUUGGGGGGAGCAGAGGCAACAUAUGGGGCGGCAGAGAGGGUAGCAAGGGCGAAGGAGGAGGAAGGGGUGACGCCAGAGCUGAGGGAUUUCUUUAGAGAGGGUUGGUCGGAGGGGGCAUUCUUGAGGGGGAGGAGGUGUGGGGAGGAGCACUAUGUGAAUUUGGAGAGAGUUUUAAAGCGUGGGGCAUCGGCGUUGCGGGUCUGGGACCUACCUACGCCAUUGCAGGUUGCAAUAGCAUACUUGCCAUUGUACAAGGAAUGUGUAGAAGCGGGGGGUCAGCUUUUGUCUCAGUGGUUGCGCGGUCAACUGGUGGAGGCAGUGUGGAGGCUUGAAGGAGCUGCCUUUGGUAGUGUCGACCAACUCUGUGGCCGCUCCAAAGAUGAGCUUCUUACCAUCUUGGAGUCUCAUUUGCCUUCAUUUCUUAUAACAGGCAAAAAUUCUUAAAGAAGAAAACAGACUGCGGUUUACGUUUCUGAAUGCGUGUAAAAUGAGUUGUAGUUAUCAGCAUAUGAGAAAUGAGACCAUUUUCAUUUUUAUUUUUAUGGUUAUUUUAAAUUUGCACGGUUGUCACUUUAAGAUUCAAAAUUCCUACUUUUUAAGAGUUUUUUGGAUCGUUCCCAGCAGUUUGUCAACAGUCGGCCUCAAGAAAAUAUUACUUGUGAUAUAUUAACAGAUUUUUGUUUUCAA